ACACCCAUACUUUCCUCCCCCAUCCCAGCUAAAUCAAGCGUAAAGUACUCACUCUGAGAAACAGGCACAAAGCUCCGACAACAACUGACCCAAGUCAUGGCAUCGCCUCUGCCAUCACUACCAUGUUCGAUUCCGCCCAUAUCAACCCCGACCAUGUAGCCAGCGUCACAAUAGGCACAACGCACUUCGUCAACGCGGUGGUAACCCGCGACCGUACCCGACUCUCCCAAGUCGCCGUCCUCCGCCUCUCCGGUCCCUUUAGCAAGCACGCCCCACCAUGCGUCGACUGGCCACCGGAUAUGCGGAAAUUUAUUCUCGGGCACUAUGCCCUCGUUAAUGGGGGGUUAGAAGUUGAUGGAAACUUAAUUUCGGAUAUUAACGAGGAGGAAAUUAAGGAGCAGUGUAAGAUUAUUCGUGAGAAGCGGAUUCGAAGCGUGGUUGUGAAUGGAGUGUUCUCGCCAAUUGAUACAAUAGAGAAACAAGAAGAGCGGGCAGCGGAGAUCAUCAGAACGGAGAUUCCGGGCGUGGAUGUUGUGUUAAGUAAAGAGGUUGCGAAUCUGGGGUUUUUGGAAAGGGAGAAUGCUUCCAUUCUGAAUGCGUCGAUUCUUGCUUUUGCACGGAAGACGAUUAAGAGUUUCCAGGAGCCAAUGAAGAAGCUGGGCUUGAAAUGUCCGGUUUUCAUCACGCAGAACGAUGGGACCAUUUUGAGUGGCGAUGCGGCAAGUAGACUACCAAUUCGGACGUUUAGUUCCGGUCCGACCAAUAGUAUGCGUGGGGCGGCGUUCUUGGUAGGAAAGCAGGAGAAGGGGCAAGCGAUGAUGGUUGUUGAUGUUGGAGGCACAACAACGGAUGUGGGGCUUUUGCUGGCAAAUGGAUUUCCGAGACAGCAAGCUGCGUACAGUGAGUUGAGCGGAGUCAGGAUGAACUUCAGCUAUCCAGAUGUUAAGAGUAUUGGGUUAGGAGGAGGUUCGCUCGUAAAAAGAAUCAACGGAAAGCUUAUCGUAGGACCUGAAUCAGUGGGAUAUAAGCUAUCAGAGAAAGCCUUGGUUUUCGGUGGGGACGUGAAGACAGCCACUGAUUAUACGGUCGCGGGAUCAAAAGAUGUUGAAAUUGGUGAGCCAAGCCUCGUACGAGGAAAGCUAGAGGAAAAUGAAUGCGAAGAGUUUAAGCUGGAGGUUAAAAGGAUGCUAGAGCGUGUCAUCGACACAAUGAAGACUUCUCCAGAGGACCUUCCAGUACUCCUUGUGGGGGGCGGCGCCGUCAUCGCUCCUGACGAACUGGUAGGAGCAAGUCGUGUCAUCAAACCGGAAUGGUCGGGAGUCGCCAACGCAAUCGGGGCCGCAAUGGCGAGAGUAAGCGCUGUGAUUGAUACUGUCAAGUCCACGGAGAAAAGGACACCAAAAGAACUGCUAGCAUUGAUUUCGGAAGACGCUCGGCAAAAGACGAUUGAGGCAGGGGCAUCGCAAGAGUCAGUCGCAGUGGUGGAAAUGGAGACACUCCCUUUACAGUAUAUCGCCAACACAACUCGGUUCAUCGUCCGAGCGGCUGGAGAUUUUGAUUUCGCAAGGUCUAGCGAUUUUGUCGCCCUUCAUAUCGAUAGAAAUCUUGAUUCCGAUGCUGCGGGGGCUGAGGCAACCCAGGAUGGGUUUACGAAUCCAUCCUCUGACCAAGAAAGCUUACAGAGUGAGGCCAUGUCCCAUGCACCCCAAGACAUCGACAUCGUGGCCUACAAGCCAAAGGUCCUCGACCGCACAUGGUAUGUCUCCGAAACCGACCUCGACUGGAUAACCAUUGGGUGCUACAUCCUCGGAACGGGCGGCGGUGGGAGUCCGUACUCAAGCAUGCUGCGAAUGAGAGGAAUAUUGCGAGCAGGGGGUCUGAUCAGAGUUAUCAAUCCCUGCGAUCUCAAAGAUGAUGAUCUUGUCGGCUGCGGAGGCGGUGCUGGAUCUCCCACGGUUGGGAUCGAGAAGCUUCAGGGUGAUGAAAUGAUGGAAGCGCAAGAAGAACUCUAUAAGCUGUUCAAAGGUGGUCGAGCAACAGCAAUGAUAGCACUCGAAAUAGGUGGCGGCAAUGGCCUUCAAGGUUUGAUUCUAGGGGCCAGUACAAAUAUGAACCUUCCAACCGUGGACGGUGACUGGAUGGGUCGAGCAUAUCCGACGAAGUGGCAAACUACACCAGUUGUAUUCAACGAGCGUAGUAUCAUCUUCUGUCCUAUUGCGAUGGCAGACGGAAACGGUAAUGUCGUUUAUAUACCUAAGGCUAGAAGCGACUUGACAGUUGAGAGAGUACUUAGAGCAGGUCUUGCGCAGCUUGGAUCCCAUGUCGGGUGUGCCGAGGGACCCGUUACUGGUGCUGAAACAAAGCGCUGGGCAGUUGAGCACACGAUAUCGCUAUCUUGGCGCAUUGGUCGGGCGGUCGCUCAAGCCAGGAAAGAGAAUCGCAUCGAUACCGUCGCUGAGUCAAUCAUCAACGAAGUGGGAGGUCAAGAAACUGGUCGAGUCUUGUUCAAGGGCAAAAUCGUGGGAGUGGAGAGAACACUCCGAAUGGGCCAUGUCUAUGGUGAAGUUAUCAUCGAGGGCGCCGAUAUAAAUGGUGCCUUGAAUUCUAGAACGGUAGGAUUCACAGGUAGGGUUAAGGUCCCUUUCAAGAACGAGAACAUUGCUGUGCUUCGUGUCCGCUCCGAGGACAGCGGUGCCAUAGAUGAAGAGAGGAAUGAAGAUGUCAUAGCGAUAGUACCAGAUCUUAUCUCCAUCAUCGAUGCACAGAACGGAGAGGCAAUCGGAACACCAGAGUAUCGAUACGGGUUGCUGGUUAUUGUGAUAGGGAUCACCGCUAGUGAACGAUGGACGAGCCCGAGGGGAAUCGAAAUCGGCGGUCCCAAAGGGUUUGGUCUCGACCAUUUAAAGUACAAGGCCCUGGGGAAGUUUGUGAAGCCAGUUAGCGUAAUAGACGAGUACGAUGGGAGUGCUUGAGCAACUGUGGCGAGGCGUAGAGAAGGUGGAACC